GAGCGUAAGCCGACGUCAGGACGCGCGACCGCAACAGACCCGAGUUUGGGAAAUAAUUAUUAUUCCACCGUGCUUGCUUUUCAUCAUGGCAAAAAGGAAGAAUAAGUAGAUGCAAUGCCAAGUUCUAAGAUCACUCCGCAAAACUUCGAUAUUCAGACUGAAAAAAAUUCAGUAGAGAAGGGGACUUGUUCUCAUAGUCAAGACAAUUAAGAGUGAAGGUUUUUUUAAUUCUCAGAACAAUGUCUCACAAAGUUCCUGCUUUUGAAAUUGAUGUUAAUUCUCCUGAUGGAUUGAUGCCACAAAUUCAGGCAUUGAUUGCACCACCUUCAUCCGAUGACUCGAAUGUACUGAAAUUAAAAAGGGAAGAAAGAAGGCAUGCAUACUUUAAGCGACCUGGUCGAGGACACAACAGGGACUCCUGUGAUGCUUGCCAUGAUGGAGGAGAGCUGAUCUGCUGUGAUAAGUGCCCAGCAUCCUUUCACCUACAAUGCCAUGAUCCUCCAUUAGAGUUAUCGGAUAUUCCAAAUGGGGAAUGGAUAUGCCAUGCUUGUCGCUGUGCUAUGAAAAAAGAGAAUUCCAUUGGAAAUAAGAGAAAGAAAAAAAAUGCCCUAGAGGUUCUUGCUUUGGCAGCCUCUUUAGUUAACCCAAAAGAGUUCGAGCUACCUAGAGAGUUGCAGAUACCUAUAACGUUUCCUGGGACGGAUAAGAUAGAUCCUGUAUCUUUCAAAAGAGGAAAGCAUCAUAACUCUAAUAACAUUAAUGGCAAAAUUCACUACCACGAGUAUGGAUCAAUUACUCCACUACCAGCUCGUCUUUGUUUCGUGUGUAGAAAGAGUUGUAGGAAGGCUCCAUUAAUAGCGUGUGAUUACUGUCCUCUCUACUUUCAUCAAGACUGCUUAGAUCCUCCACUUACUGCAUUCCCUAGUGGUCGAUGGAUGUGUCCGAAUCAUUUGAAUCAUUUUAUUGAUCAAAAUCUGUUAACCUCAUGUGCUGCCACUGAGAGAGUCAAACUGUGGGACAAGUUUGCUCAUCAGCAAAUCGAUCAGCAUGCUGUGAAACUGCAAUUUUUAAGAAAAGCACACACUGCUAAUCCACCUUUUAGGAUAAAAGUAAAGCAUAAUCUAAAAGCAAGAGUAAAAGUUCCAGCCAGUGUAAAAUUUCAGUAUGCAAAUCCUCCAGAGCUUGAUCUAUGCAAUCUGUACAGGCCGGGUAGUUUUUUAUACACUGCCAAAAGAAAAUGUUAUUCUGAUAGUUCUAAGACUGAUGGUGAUUUUUCACCAGAAGAGAAAAUGGAGGAAGUCAAGUCGGAGAAAAGUAAAGAGGUUGAUAUCAUGAACAAUGGUGUUGUAGAUAUUAGUGAAAAUGACAUUGUAGAAAAAUGUGAAGAGAAAGAGGGGGGAAAUGAGGAAAAAAAGGAGAAGAAGGAGAGUGUUGAGAAUGGGAAUAAGAAAGACAAGGAUGAAAUAGUACAAAUUGAAAGAACUAGCGAAAUAAGUGAUGGUGGCAAAUGUGAAAGUGAUAACGAUUUAGAAGAAAACAUUUUUAUAAGAAGUGGUUUAGGUUUAAGUGUGAAGGAAGGUAUUAGUAUUUUAGAGAGGCCAGUGUUGGAAGCUUUGGCUCAACAAAGGCUAGAGCAAAUUAUAAAUCCAGAGGACGAGUAUUAUCAAAAUUUAAACUGUACAUCAAAAGCCAGAGCCUUAUUGUUUCCUUUGGGCAAGACUGCUGGCCCACCUAUAUUUAUGACCUGCAGAACACUGAAUAUUGGAAGCGGUGGUGAUUCUGAUUUGUUGUUGAGUCGAUAUGGCAACUGCAGUUUUUUAUCUCCCAAGCAUGCUGUUAUAUUUUUCGACAAGACAACCAAGCGGUACGAGUUGCUGAAUUACAGCGAGCACGGAACGACCGUCGACAACGUUCUCUACUCCUGCAAUUACAGCAUUCAUUCGGCGGAGCACGAGUUCGCGGAUGGGCACUCGCUGAGGACGAAGGAUAUGGACACGGUAGAAAUCAUAAAGAAAAUCGCUUACAGAAAUAAGCCAGCUACGGUGAACACUCCCGAGAAGCAGUGUAUCUGCAAGUGCGCCAAGAGGAAGGAGAGGUACAACAGCGAUAUCGAUAGCAUGGGCGAGGGUUGGGAGGGCAGUGCCAUGGUCGAUCACGGUUCCAUCCUCACCUUUGGCUGUCUCACCUUUGUGUUCAGCGUGGUCGACGUGUACACGAGUCGAUAAUACUCAGUGUUGUACAGAUUUCUUAUAAGCUAAUUUUUUUUUUUUUUUUUUUUUUUUUUUAUAAAGCAAACUGUUAUUUAUUAUUACUAUAAGAUGAUAUGUUGCUCGCUCAAAGAACUCAGGUUACUGGAAAUUCGCAUCAGUUGUUCAUACUUUAUAAGAUGAUAACAAUACACGAACAAGUAUGUUUUACACAAAAAUACAGCUGCUCAUCGUCUUUCCUUCUCGCGCUGAAAAGAGAAAUAAAUUAAAAGUUUGGUUUUUUUAAGUAUUCGUCCGUGUAAAUACGCAGUUCGCCAUUCGCUGGAAGAACUUCGCGCGUGUUCGUCGAAGACUGAUCGAAUGUAAUUCGUAAUCCUAUAUAUUAUGCGCAUCGCGACAUCGCGACGUAGAGAGGUCACGGACGAUUGUUCGUUUUCACUUGCACGUGUGGAGCUCGACGCUCUUGUUGCAGGUGCUGCACUGGACCUCGCAGCACCAGUGGAACUUGCAGUCGCACCUCUCGCUGAUGGUGCUCUUCUGCGUGUUGUAGCCCCGACCGCAGCACAGGAGAUUGCAACCGUCGAUGCCCGACGACGUUCUGUUGCAGGUUCUUCCGCGAGUACCUGAUGUACGACAAAUCAACGAAAGCAAAAGAUGUUAUUAAUUAUUCCAGGCGUCAAUGUUUCCUAUUUUAAAAAAGCUUUGUAAUUCGUUUCUUUUUCUUUUUAUACUAGUAGGUAUUAUACAACUAUCACUUGUUACAUUAGAUGCAAUGAUACAAUUUGCUGUUUGACGCCACGUUGAGCGAUCAAAUAUUGUAUUUUGCAAAGAGACUCUCGGUACGCAGGUGCAUAAUCUUAUUAAACUGUAUUUAUAGUGAUGUAUGUGUAAAUAUUACGAAAACUGUUAUCUCGUGCACCGGGAGUAGUUGACUCGUUUAUAAACGCGUUCGCUGCGAGUCGACAAGUUCCUUCGCAGGAAACGAAAAGUCUGUAAAAAGAAUUCACCCAAUAAAGCGUUAUUCUUGUACUUAUUGUAAAAGAGAAAGUUAUAGCACAUUGCCGACGAUUAGAUUAGAUUCUUCGGAUAUAUCCAAAUUUAAGAAUGUAAAAAAAAGAAUGAACGAGUCGCAGCGUACGCGUUAAAUUCAGGCACAGAGAGAAAAAGGUUCUCCAGUUGCACAAGUGCCAAGCUUGGCUAUCCGCAAAACAAAGCAGUUUUGAACCUGGUUUUCCUGCUUUGCUGGGCCUUGCUGGAGCCGCUCAUGUUAUAACUGCCCGAGGCUUAUUUCUCUCUAUGUAUUAUUAGUAGCCAAAACGUGCUAGCCACACGUGUAUCCACUUUCUUAGCGUGCAAAGCACAGGAAAAAGAAACUCGUACGCACGUUCGCAGUAUAAGAUGUUCGAACGCGUUGCCAAACUCAGACAAUACAAACCUAACGAGCCCAAUGAUGUGUUCGCAAAGCAAUAGUUGGGCGAGUCGUCUAAGUACACCAGGUCGUUGGCAGUGGGCAGAGAGUAUCGCGGAUCUCUGAUCGACAGUCGGCCCCUUCUGUUCACUUUGACCUCCGUCGCUCCGUCGUACUUGUCCAGCAGAUAAUCUCCUGCGUUUUGAAAAGCCAUCGAUAACGAUUAACAAGACGAAUCUGUAGUGCAUGAUUCUCUUAGCUUUUUGAGAAUCUAUAAUUCUUAUCACUAUUGUAUGUAUAGUCUGCGAACGAGUGAAAAUCAGAUCAGCCGCGUAAAACGCUUUCAAAAUCGCAGUAGCCAUGUACGUAAUAAUACGUAGGUUUAGUUAGUAUAAUUUUUUUAAAGAGAUGUAUGUACAAGUUGAACUAGAUGUAAUUCAUCAAUGUGUAAAUCGAAUUAUCCGUGAUAUUUUUCAGGAUAAAAGAAUAUUAAAUUUUUCUAAAGAAACAAACAAAGGCAAAACGAACUUGGAUCUUCAAAGGAGCAAAAAAAUCUAUAAAUAUGCGGAUUGUCUAAUCGAAUGUGAUAACAUUUUUAUUAUGUUAAUAAAAAUCUGAGAAUUUAAUUUAAA